AUGUACGGCACGGUGAAGGGCGUGCGGUGGUACGUUCUGACCCCGGCGGAGGAGGCGGACCUCCUCAAAACCCGAAGCCUUUCCCCAGCACAGUUGGCGUGCGAGAGGCUUCGUAUUUUUGUUCGUUUCGACACCGUCGCAGAUGCCUUCCGGGCCGCGGAAAAGCUCACCGACGUGAAAAAUCCGUCGCGAUGGUCAGUUGCCUUUUUCUCAUCGGAGCUUUAUAGCAGAGGUGUGUUAGGACUAGGAGAAGACGCUGUAAGCCAAGCGAAUGAGUCUUAA